AUGAUCAUCAGUUAACGACCGCAUGUAAAACCGACAUGAACGGUCGAAACACCAGAUCGUUCCUCUCUCCUGCCCUCCCAUCUCAAUCCGAUUCUCUCUCCCUCGAAAGCCAAGAUUUUCGUGGAGGUUUCGAGUGGGAAGUUAGAGUAAAAAAGGGAAGAGACGGAUAAGGAGGAGGAGGAAGGAGGAAGGAGAAGGAGAAGAAGAAGAAAGGUGAGGUUUUUAUGGUGCUUUCAUGAAUGAGAACGGAGACGGGGUUGGUCUUUUUGGUUCGCUCGUGAGCGGAGGCGGAAGCGGUUUCGAUGGCGGCGAGGGAACGUCGGAGAGGGGGGGCGGGGGGGCGGGGGCGACGUCGUCUCGUGGAGCAGGUUCUUCUGGUGCACCAUCUUCGCCGUCCUUUCUUGCGUUCUCUUCACUGUCUUCACCUUCUCCACCCUUCGCCUCUCCUUCGGAGAAACUUUUCAACCGGUGGUGGUCCCCUCAUGGCGGAAUUCGGUGAUGAAAGCCGUCUCCGGCGACUCUGAGUCCGCUCCAUCAGUUUCGAUAAGAGAAACGGUCAUAUUCCCGGACCAGGCGGUGGUUUUCCUCCAGUACCCUCCGUCGUCUCGCUUACUUACGAAGGAGGACAUUCACUGUGUCUAUGUCGAGGCCUCCGACUCGGCCAAGCUGCGGCUCAAGCUCCCGCCGGCGGGAGUGGACGGCGAGGAUUCCGGUGAGCAGAUCGUGCGGUGCCCGCUUUCGGAGAACGGGUCCUUGGUCUCUCUUGCAUUUGAGUCCGACGAACACGUCCCGCCGGGGCCGAGCCAUAGGUGGGACUCACUGGUGUAUGAGGCCAUGAUCGACCGCGACAACACCACGGUCGUUUUCGUGAAGGGCCUCAAUCUCCGGCCUGAGAGGGUCUCCAACGCGUCGAGGUUUGAGUGUGUAUAUGGCUGGGAUUUCAGGAAACCGAGGUUCUUGUUGCGAUCCGACGUCGAGUCGAUCGCUCAGGAGAUCGUGCGGUGUAAAACUCCCCUGAGCGUCCUGAGCAGUCCACAGAGGAACAACGCCUCCGUCAAGGUCUCGAUCAGGGUAAAGGGCGGGCCGACAUUGCGCUCCAUAGCCCGGCCGCGGCAUCGGGCUGCGCUCAAGCCGCUCGCCAGGAAGCAUCACAGUAUGUGCAUUUGCACGAUGGUGAGGAACCAGGCCCGGUUCAUUAGGGAAUGGGUCGUUUACCACGCCCGGGUCGGAGUGCAGCGUUGGUUCAUCUACGACAACAACAGCGAGGACAACACGGACGACGUAAUUGAGUCCCUUGCCGACGUGGGUUACAACAUCUCUAGGCACGUCUGGCCGUGGAUUAAGACCCAAGAAGGCGGGUUCGCCCACUGCGCGAUGCGGGCGCGAGACGCGUGUGAGUGGGUCGGGUUCAUCGACGUGGACGAGUUCUUCCACUUGCCAACGGGUCUGUUCCUCAACGACAUCCUGAGGAACGCGUCGAGGCCCAGGAACGUGGGCGAGUUGAGGGUCUCGUGCCACAGUUUCGGUCCAUCGGGGCUCAAGCAUGCGCCGCGACAAGGGGUCACGGUGGGGUACACUUGUAGGAUGGCGGCCCCGGAGCGGCACAAGAGCAUAGUCAGGCCCGAGGCGCUGAACUCCACGCUCAUCAACGUGGUGCACCACUUCCACCUGAGAACCGGGUUCAACUUCGCGAACAUGGACCGAGGAGCGAUGGUGAUCAACCACUACAAAUACCAAGUGUGGGAAGUGUUCAAGGAGAAGUUCUACCGGAGGGUGGCCACGUACGUGGCGGACUGGAAGGAGGAGCAGAACGUGGGGUCCAAGGACCGGGCCCCGGGCCUCGGGACCAAAGCCGUGGAGCCCCCGGAUUGGUCGAGCCGGUUCUGCGAAGUCGAGGACACAGGCCUCAGGGAUCGGGUGCUGCAGGUCUUUGCGGACCCGCGGACGCGGCUUUUGCCGUGGCAGGAGGAGGUGGAUAAACCCUCGCCAGGAAUGGUGACGGAGGAACCAAAGCAAAGCCCCAAGGACCCGAAGAACUCGCGGGCACAUCCGAACCAAGCGCAAAAUGGCUCAAAGGAAGAGACUUUGUUCAGCCCGAGGCUCAAGUCGGCGGCCGCAAUGGCAGGCUGGGAUGAAGAGACGCUCGUGAUCGCCAGCCUCAUUGUCGACGACACACCAGUUCGUGAAUUCAAGCAGAAGAAGCGGUCGGAUCUGAAUUUCAAGACUCCCCCUUCGAAUUCAAGAAGGAAACGGAGGGAUCAGAGGAAGAGUCCUGCUCCGUUGCCCGUGACCAUUCUUAAUCUAGAUGAUGAAGAAGCUAAAGCUUCUGAGAGGAAGGAGGAAAAAACCCAAGUGAAAGAAGCUGCAAAAAACGAAGAGAAAGGCGAAAUCCCCGAGUCUGGAUCGUGUGACCCAAGUCCGGCAAUUCCUUGCUUAGACCGGCUCAGGGAAGAACUUUCAUGUGCAAUCUGUCUGGAAGUUUGCUUUGAACCCAGCACCACAUCUUGUGGUCACAGUUUUUGCAAGAAAUGUCUGCAAUCCGCUGCCGACAAAUGCGGGAAGCGAUGCCCAAAGUGCAGGCAGAUAAUCAGCAAUGGAAGAUCCUGCCCUGUGAACACAGUCCUGUGGAACACAAUACAGCUCCUGUUCCCGAAGGAGAUCGAAACAAGGAAGGCCGCCAAAUCCAGUGGCACCAAAACUCGUGACCCUGAAUCUCAGAAACCAGAAAGAAGAGAGGGUUCCAACAAUUCGCGCAGGAGUCUUCGACCAACAGUUGCACCGAGCAGAGACGCAUAUCCAAGGAGGAGAAGAGGAAUGCCAAGCCAGGAUGAGGAUGCGGCGCUUGCUCUGAGGUUGCAAAGAGAGGAGUUCAUGGAGGCUUUCCGGGGAAUUAAUGAGAGUUCAGGAACUUCACUAUCCUCGGCCAGGGCAAACUUAAGAGCCAUGGCUUCCAGAGCCAUCAACCUUAGGAUUAGAAGCCAACCUACCUAGUGCUGACUUUAUUCUGGUUCUAAAUUUCGUUUGUAGCUGGUAUGUUUCUCUUGUUGUCAUGGUCAUUAAUCCUUCACCGACUAACCAAGAAGUUCUGAUUCUUUCUCAUUCAAGGGAGUGGAAAAAAGUUUUCGGAUUCACCAACCCUCCAGCAUUACUUCUUUAAACCUCAACUAUAACCAGCCAGGACCACCAAGGAAAACCAAGUGCGAGA